AAGAGUUUAAGCAGCUUACCUUACAUCCCUCAAACCAUCGCUGAUACUUGGGAAGGCAAAAAGAGCGAACGAGCAAAGGAGUUGCUUAAUACUUAUAAAAGGCAAUCUUUGGGACAAGCUACAAAGCUAAUGUUGGGACGCAGAAAAUCUUUGGGAUUAGCUGACGUUCAAGACUUUGGGUCAACCUGA